AAUCACUACAGGAGAGAUAGAAAGCUAGGAGGAGCGCGGCUGCUCUCCGCUGCUCUCCGCGCACCGUCUCUUCUAUCUCUUUUUUCGAUCUAUCUUUCUCUCUCUCUCUUUCUCUCUCUCUCUCUCUCUCUCUCUCUCUAUCUAUCUAUCUAUCUUUCUCUCUCUCUCUGUCUUUGUUUGUCUGUCACAUUAUCUCUCUUUCUCCUCCCUCUCUCUCUCUCUCUCUCUCUCUCCAUCUUAUAAACAGAGAGAGAGAGAUACAUAAAACCAACGAAUUUUCUUUCUAUCUAUCCGUCUCUAUCUUUUUCGUUUUCUCUCCGAACGUGAGUUUUUUGUGUACCGUUAACGUCGUCGUCAUCGUCGUCGUCGUCGUCGUCGUCAACUAUCGUCGUCAACAUCGUCAUCGGUCGUCAUCUUCGUCGUCGUCUUCGUCUUCGUUGAAAAUUUAUCGGAAAGUGACGCGCUUCUUCUCGUCGUCGUGAUCGUGGUCGUGGUCGUGGUCGUGGUCGUGGUCGUGGUCGUCGUGGUCGACAUCGAAAAAAAAAAAAAGAAAAAAUAAAUAAAUGAGUACAGAGAAACGAAGAAAAGAAAAAGCACGGAUAGAAGUGACGGCAAGAGGAUUGUGUCGAAGAAUGAUCGGCUGUAUCGCUGAGAAGAAGAAGCUAAGUUUCUCGUCGUAGACUACGUGACUGUGACCGUGACUGCCAUCGUGACGUGCUGCUGCCGCCGCUGCUGCUGCUGUUGCUGUUGCUGUUGCUGUUACUGUUCCUGCUGUUUCUGCUGCUGUUGUCGCUGUCGCUGUUCUUGUCGCUAAUACUACUACUACUACUGCUAUUACUACCACUACUACUACUACAUUACUACACUAUUAUUACUAUUACUACUACUACUACUACUACUACUGCUACUACUACUGUUGCUGCUGUUGCUGCUGUUGCUACUACUACUAUUACUACUGCUACCACUACUAUUAUUAUUACUACCGUCAGUCUUUCGUCAACGUAUCCGACGACGUCGUCGUCGUCGUCGACGAGUAUGCCACUGCAGACAGACGUCGACUUCGGUGCGAUGAUCCGAGGCAGACAUCGACGAUGGCUUCCAUUCAUGCCACGUUUGCACAAUGGUAUAACGUCAUCGUCGUCGUACAGAUUCGCCUAAAUGGUGGCUCCAAGGGGAGCCGUGGAAAAGCAUGAGGGAACGAACACCCUCUGCGGACGACACCCCGAGAAGGGCCCCACCUGCUCCGCACAAAGAAGCAGCAUCGGCAGACAGUACUGGUAGCGAGGCAUCGAGUGGAGGAGUGAUCUUCGACUUGUCGAAGCGUUCCCUGGCAGCAAAUCAGAGCGGUGCAAAUCAAGCACGAACUACGAAAGCGACGACGACGACGACGACAACAACGACAACAGCAACAACAAUAACAACUACAACAACAACAACAACGGCAACGACAAGGACAAAGAACGAAGUUAACGGCAAGAUGGUGGCCUCGAUGCACAACCUCGAGGAUCUUGGCGUAAGCCACCCGGCUAGUGCUAGUGGGAACGAGAGACAACAGCAACAGCAAGUUCUUCAAGAGAAACAUGCUCACGUUUAUAGAUCAGCACAAACGGCACAGGACAAGAGGAGUAGGUUGAGCAAUGUGAUAAACAAUUUGAGAAAAAAAGUGCCCGAUGGUAGGAGUGGUAGUGUCGUCGGUGGUAUUGGCAGUGUUGGUGGUGUUGGUGUUGGUGUUGGUGUUGGUGUUGGUGGUGGUGGUGGUAGUGAUUCACCGAUUCGAAAGGAGGAGGAUGGUAGAAAUAGCGUAGAGAGGAAUCUCGAGACUUUAGAGAAAUACGUGAUGACCGUGCUGAAUGGUGUGAUAAAGGACGAAGAGGAGGAAGGUGCGGAAGGGGAAGAGGAGGAUGACGACCGUUCGGUCGAGAAUAAAGACACGGAGAAGCCAGCUGUUGGUAGCGGAGUAGGAAUAGGAAUAGUAGGAGGGGUAGGAGAGGCUAAGGACGAAGAGGAGGAAGACGAGGAUUCGAAGGGACCGAAAUUCGAGCCCUCGAAACCGAACGAGAGUAGAACCGAGGUUGCUGUUUUACCUCCGGGACAUAUCGAAAAAAUGAAGAGCGAUCUCGAGGUUGAUAACGUUCGUUGCGAAUACGGAAGCACCGACAUGGAUUGGACGGUUGGUCCAACGGAGACAGCCAUCGAAUCGGCUAAGAACGUCGUCGAGUCGGGACAUUCUAUGUCACCUCGUCUUCGUUUGUCCUCCUUCGAUCACGAAAAGAGCGAUUUUUACGAGAGUUCUUCCUCGAAAGAUUUGGAAAACGAUAAUCAUCAUUCGCGCCAAGAAUCUAUAGAAUCGGAAGGUGAUAAGAGGGAGACACGUUCCCUCGGUAUGAUCAUUAUGGAAAGGUUGGAUCAUCAAAUCGUCGAAGGAAGAAAUACAAGCAACGUAGACGAUAUCGUCGAAAAUCUCGAGCUACGUGAUACAUGUCGUGACCUAUUGAACGAUUUAUUAAACGGUAUCGAUCAGUGCGCCGAUAAAAUGAAUUCGACGGAAAUUGCUAACGUCGCUCGCACCUUCGUCGGUACCUUCGACGAGCCAAGAGAUUCUCAGGUAGCUGAGGAACUUUCAACUACGAGUUUUCAUUGCAGUUUACCCCUCGAAAGGAUCGCUUCCGUUUUGCAAAAUUGUCAAGUUGCUUCUACCGCUGCUGUUGCUGCUGUUGAAACGUUGACGGUUCAACAACAGUCUCCUUCUUCUUCUUCUUCAUCAUCUUCUUCUCCUUCUUCCUCAACUUCCUUAUCCCUAUCCUCCUCCUCCUCCUCCUCUUCCUCUUCCUCCUCCUCUCCUCCUUCCUCUUCUUCGACGUCUUCGUUGUCGUCACAUCAAAUCGUCGCAAAACCAUCAAUAUCGAAACCACCUUCGCCAACGGUGAGACAUCUCUGUCUUUAUUGCGACAGAAAGUUCUUGUCUAUAUCCUUACGACAGAGACAUACCGAGAGGGUUCAUCAGUUGGGCGGUGGUCGUCGUUCCGAAAGAAAUUCUCGAAGACCUUCGCAAAAUUGUCAAUAUUGUUCCGACAAGUGUUUGGACAGUUUGGAGGGUCUUUUUCAUCACAUGGCCGGAAAUCAUUCCGACAAAUAUCACGCUUGCGUUCAAUGCUCGACGAGAUAUUUAACGAGAGAAGCAUUGCUCGUUCACAUGACCGAAACGCAUGCUUCCUCCGCGCGAGAAAGGACGACGCCGCAAGUUCAGGAAAAGAUGAAGGAACCGAGCCCGCCGUGUAAGGAGGUCGUUUGCCAAAGUUCCAACGAAAAAUCGGACGUUCCGCCCUCGAAAGAGAGAAGACCGUGUGACGCGGAAACGGAAUAUCGAUCGGAGACUAGCCUGCUGAAGCACGUCGUACCGACGACUACGAAGGACGUUUUCAGCAAUCCCGGUAGCCCGGAGUUCGAUAGUUCCUUCUACAGCAGCGUGAGUUGCAACAUUCGAGAGAAUUUACUUCAUCAUCUAGAUGGAAAAUUGCAAACAAGCACAUCGUCGUCGAAUAGUUCGUCUAUGACGACGACAACAACGACGACAAUGGUGACGACAAUGACGACAAUGACAACAACGAUGAUAACGACGACGAUGACGACGAUGACGACAACGACGACGACGACGACGACAACUAUGGUGGCAUCAGCGACGGAAUCAAAACCGCAACAAUCCUUUUACGAGCACAACAACGCGAAUCAAAUCCAAUUUCCGAUCGAUAUAUCGUUAACCGCGGCCACGCCGGUCUACAAUAAAGACUAUGCCGUUGAAGAGUACGAAAAUUCGAGCGAGUACGCUCAGAAACCUGGAAAGAGUAGUAGGUCUCAUCCACGAAGGGUUUCCUUCGAGAAGUAUAAUUUCCCAAGGAAAUACGAUGGCAAGGAACAGUGGACCUGUUCGAUCAAGGAUCUCAGUAAAUUCGAUAUAUCAACGCAAUUAUCCUUGAGGAAGAAGCAACAAAUGUUGAAGGAACGUAUCACCUUGAACAGGUUGCAUCAGAUAUCACCCCUCGUUAACUCGAUCCCGAGUAACGAUAUCGUUCAAACUAGUCUCGCGAAUGAACAAACGAGCAAAGAAAAAAGUAAUAAAGACGCCGAAGAGUCGAUAAUCGAUCAUCCUUGUGCGUCUUUACGAGAUGAUAAUGGCCUUGAUCAGUCAUCGUGUCUUAAAGCUAUUGGUUUGAUCGAUCGACGAGAGAAAGAAAUUAUUCGGAUGGAUCAGCCCGUGGAUCAAUCCCUCGGGUCUACGGAGUUUAGUCUCGAGUUCGGCAAUUUCAUGAGACUACAGAAAUGGGACGAUGCUGGCCAUGCUAACCCGAAAAUGCAGAAAGUCAUUUACGCCGAACUCACUGGCGAAUGGUCCAGACCGAGGAUUUAUAUUUGCGGUGCCUGUGCUGCGAGACACGUGACGUUAAGGGAAAUGGAAGAUCACAAAUCUUCGAUGCAUCCAAAUGUUUGGUGCUCCCACUACGAAUUUUCUGGCGAUCAGCGUGAACUUUACAAACAUCUGUUUCUACCGGGACGUAGUACGCCCACGAUCAAGGCUAAGAACGCGAUAGCUCCGGAGAAAAUUUGCACGAAGUGCUCGAAAAACUGUAGUACACUUGCGGAGUUGCACAGACACAUGCUCGAAUGCGGCGGCGAUCAGGCCUGGUUGUUGGGGCUCUUUGGUAACGGGAAAAAGAAGUGCAAGUGGCGCCCAUUUGGAAGUCGUAGCAGAAGACGACGUCAACGUGGAAUGAAAAGAAAUAUUCAAAAUUCUCAGACACCGCGUACGAACGUGCCAAGAGAGAAACAACCAGCUGGGCCUAGGGUUCGACCUAGUGACCGUGAAAGCAUUCAGAAAAUGUUGGCCAAUCUGCCGCCCAAGAGGGCUACCAGAAAAGUUUUACAGGACAGCACGUUGAGAACUCAAGGCAGACUACGUACGGUCCAGACGAGAUCGCGACCACGUAUGAGCAACGACAGUUCCUCCGCUUCGAGGAUGUCCCGAAAUAAGGCCGUUUUAAGGAACAAACUGUUGAAGAACGCAAAGUCGAUUCAACGUAAUCGUUGUAGGAGCGACAAUAUAUCGGCGGUUAUCGAGAGUGUCGUUAACGAUUAUAACGAAGAUGACGAGGAUGAUAAAGAACGAAAAGUCGAAGGGAAAGAGGAGAGGAAGGAUAAGGAUAGAACGAUGGAGAGUACAGGGAGUACGAGUGAGACAACCAAAGAAAAGGUCGAACCUACCUCGAAGGAUAAAAAGGAGGAGAUGGAAGGUGGUGCUGUUCGAGAGAAUAAUAAACCGAAGGUCGGACGGCCCAGGGUGCUUGGAAAGAAAAGGAACAUAAAGGUGAAAAAUGCAGUCGUAGAGAACGUCGAUCGUAGUACGAUGAGACGCGAACGAGUUAGAGCGAGAAACAAGACGACCUUGAAGUCGUCCAACUAUCAGAUUAGACUGCAAGAUUCGGGCUCGUUCGAGACGAAAUGUACGAAGAAUAUAAAAACGAUGUCCACGAGUAAGAUCUCGGACAUCGAGAACGAAUCCGAUAGGUCUAGCCUGGGUGUUGGUAGAUCGCCACCUUCCACGAGUAAAAACAAGUCGUUACCGUCCGUUCAAACGACUCCGAAACGAAAACGACCGGUCGAUCCAGUUACUUCUUUAAACGCUUCGAUUAAAGCGAAAUCGCAAUUGCGAACGCAGGAUGGUAAAUUCGCGAGAAAUCCAAACAAACUGGCGAACGUCCAAUCGGUUUCGAAAAUGCAGGAUACGAAGUCGCCUAUGGCACGGCAAUUUGGUAAAGACGCGUCGGAAUCGUCGAAAUCGUCGAAAUCGUUUACGCAGGGUUUUACGAAGACGAGAAACAACGAGGAAGUUCAGUCGGUACCUAGGAGAACGACCAGGUUGUCGUCGGACAGUGAUAAAAUGCCGACUCUAGAACCGGUACCACAGAUAUCAUCCAACGAGGAAUACGUUGAAAAAUCGACCAAUGAUUUACCUAUACUAUCGCCCGUUAGUAAUCCCGAUCAAAAGAUACUUCGUGGUUCGAUUAAAACUGCGGAGAAUGAAAGAGAUAGUCCUACGAUAUCGAAAGGUUCUGGGAAUAUUAACGAUACGGUUGAGAAAUCUUCGACGAAGAUGGAAGAACAGAGACAGUACAAAAAGAGAAAGACCAGCGGUGACAAUAAGAUAAUCGAUCGUAAGGUCGAACACGAGUCGGGUACGUUGAAUUCACGGGAAAAUCAAAGUGGCUCGGCCAAGUUAGUGGCCAGAGAGAGCAGAAUAAGAACGAGAAAAAGUGCUCCCGCGAAGAGCGUUAACAACGUCGAAGAAAAUGGGAGGAAGGAGGAUGGAAGAAGAGGAGCCCCGAGGGGUUCAAAGUGUCGUGCUACUUCAGCGGACGGUACGAAGAACGAUUCGACGACGAGGGACGAGCCAAACUUGUCGAAAAACUUUGAGACGAGAAGUUAUUCAAGAAAUCGACAGGACCGAGCAAUCUAUUCGCAGGACAUGGAAUCUCUUAACACGAAGGACAUGCCAUUCGAAGUGAAAAAGCUAUUGAUUGGUUUACACGCGAACGCCAGGGAGGACAUUUAUAAUUUUUUUAGGCUCGACUUUACUUCCCUCUUGGACAUCUCGUCGAAACGUAGCCUUCGACAAUCGGCCUCGAGACUGACGGAUUCUCAGGCAAAUGCCAAGAUCGGUAAGGUCCCAAAGGAUCAGGAUUCUAAUAGUCGCGUUCCAACGGAAAUAUCGAGGAAGUCAACGUUGGACGUACCGAGGACGUGGUCGAAAACAUCGAAGAAGGAGAAGAACAAUUUUUUAAGAAAGUCGCCGAGAAACAGCGAAAAAAAAGUUACUAUAGAAAAGUCCAAAUCGAGCGACGAGGAAAGACCGACGAAUUCGACGAACGAUAACGUCGCGAGCGAAGAGAAAACGAACGCGAUCAAAGACAGUGGCGAUACCAAUUUGAAAGAAACGGAGGAAACCAAAGACGUCGUUGCGCGUUCAGAGACGACGCCAUCGUGCAAUACUGAAAUAGAAAGCGAUAAGAAAGAUUCCGUAGAUCCUGACGAUCAAGAACGAUCGGAGAAUCAUCGAAAAAAUCUCAAGGACGAUCAAAAAGUAUCCGAAUGUAACAACAAAGAAAGUAUCGCCGAUGAGAGUAACGACGUGAUCUUGAAGAAGAACACGUCGUUGGGCAAACGACGCGGGAGAAUCAAAUCCAACGUCGAUCAUCGUCAAAUCGUCGAUGAACAAAACGAUGACAUCAAAGAUACUACCACUAUCAGCAGCACGUCACCGAUAACUUCGAAUGCUACCAAUGAGAGCCCCGACAAGGAUACGAAAGAAACGAAAAAAAAUAACGAAGAAGAAAACCGCGGCGAGACCGCGGAGUCGAAAGACACAAAAAAAUCUCCAGAAAACGUCAAGACCGACCCGACGAACCUUAACGUGAGCCAUUUGCAAUCGGAAACGACAAAUUCGAUCGACAGCGGUAAAGAAAAUUCUUUAGAAUCGUCGACAACCAAUUCGCACAAGCCAAGAGUCGGAAGACCAAAAAAGUGUUGGGGUUCUAGACGAGAAAGAACGUCGAAAAGAUCUUUGAGUAACGUCAUCGGCAUAUUAACAGAAGGCAUGAACAUACCCGUUGAAGUUCAGCAAAGUGUCGUUCUCACGGUUCAAACGACAGUUGAAAACGUUAAUCCCGUUGGAAUUGUUCAAAGUAACGCUUCACAGCCAGCUGGUGGUAGCGUUGUGAACAGUGGAUGUAUCGAGAAAAUGGCGGAAAGCGAGACUUCUUCGACGGUCGAUCGAUCUCGAAAGGAAGAAGAAAAAGAAAAAGGGAAGGAAAAAGAAGAAGAGAAAAGAGAAAGAGAGAAGGAAAAAGAAGAAAAGGAAGUACGGGAAAUUGACGAGAAACAAAUUCAAUUAACAGCCGAGGAUCGUAAAUUUAAACCGAUCGAAAAAUCGCCCAAAGUACGUUCGCCAACGAACGAUAUCAUUUUGGAUCUAUCGAGGAGGAAACCUAGAAACAAGGGUUCCUUUUUAGAAAAGAUCGUUUCGAAAAUCGCUAAAAAGAAGGAUGCUUUACUCGAAGGUGAAGUCGGUACGCUUUUGGACAUUGCCGCGGACGAAUUAACGAGCAUACUCGACGAAGUAGGGCCUACGUUGGAAAACACCGAGGCGUCCCAUGAAAAGAAAAUUAUUGGGGCAACGAGCGAAAAAUUACUAGAGCCUAAGAUGACCGUGAAAGAGAGUGUUAUCGAACGUUAUGGAGGUACGUCGGUUGUUACAAAAAAUAAAAUAGAAAAAAAUCCAGAAACCGUCGAAGCGACGAAAACGAACGAUAUACCUUCGAAGAAGGAAGUUCCUAACGAGCCUGUUAUCGAACGAAAUCAAUAUCAGGAUGAGAAACGAUCGGACGACGAUGUUGUUAAGGUUCGAGCAAUAUCGGAAAAUAAAUGUGAAGUGUCUGACAAAUUAAAUGAAAUUAAAUCCGACGAAACGCUUCUUAAUCACGAGGAAAUUUCGUUAAAUCUUUCGAACGGUAUUCCGACAAAGGAUACGGAGGAAGUCGAAAAUGUUGCGGCAAAGUGUUCACCGAUCGAGACAAACCCGAUGGAAGAUAAAAACGAACCAUCUAAAAAUUUGAGUAACGCCGAGGUUUCCACGAAAUCAAAACGAAAGUCUAAGAAAAGAUCGUGGGACGUUAACUCGGCGAAAGAUCAGAAAAGUAUACCGGUCAUGGUCGAGGAAUUACCGAUGGAAGAUUCCCAAACCGAUAAAUUACAAUUGUUGGAAAGCGAUCAGCAAGGACGUCAGGAUUUGAUAGAAAAUAUAGAUGCCUCGUCUUCUACGAUCGAAUGCGAUAUGAUCUUGAUCGAUAACGGCAAUGUAAAAGAAUUUCAAGAUAAAAUGAGAAAAACUAUUGAGAACGAUCUUGAACUUAAACGAGAUAACUCGGCUAAUGAUUCUAACGGGAUCCAGUUUGAUAACGAUACUGUUAUCGAAAGUACGAAGAAAUCAGAAACCGAUGUCAAUAAGGAAUUUGAAGAACGCGAUUCGAAGGAAGUCGAAGUAACAAUACCAAUUGCCGAUUCUAAAUUAGUAACUAACGCGAGUCAAGGAGCGAUUAAAGAAAUCGAAAGAAAAUUCGAGGAUGGUUUAAUCGAUAAAGAAACGAACGUUGGGUUGUUUUCGCGAAAGCAAAACAAACGCAGGCCCGAAGGUAAAUCGAAUCAUCCCCAAAUGGGAAGGCGUUUUUCGAAAAGAAAAUUAAACUCCGAGGACGUUUCCGAUUUCAUUGACGAGAACGUUUAUCGAUCCGAUACGCCCUCGGCCGAGACGACGAGAGUCCAGCAAAAGGACGAAACCACGUCACUUUCGACGUCUCGAAGAAAAUCCUCGAGGCUAAAAUCGUCCUUGGUUAUCGAUGUAUCGGCGAACGCCGAGGAGGAAACGUUCGAGAACGUUAAAAAUAAUUUAUCUUGCGAUUCCUCGAUUGCGAACGUCGAAGAUACCACAUCUGUUAAAUCGGAAAUAUCUGAAGUAAAGAAACCUGAGGAAGAAAGAGUAACAUCGAUACAACACCCAACGAUAUUGCGAAUACCAGAGAUAUCGAGGCUAUACGAGAACAAUAUCGGUCACGAACAACAAGAAAAAGAGAUUUCGUCGUCCGUAGUAGUCAAUGAUUUAAUCGAUACGAACGAGAGAACAUCUACCUCGGUGAUACCUCCAAAAGUUUCGAAGAAACGUGGAAGGAAAAAGAAAUCGUUGGCAGACGAACAUUUGGAAUUGCCCAGGCAGAAAACGAUCGAGAAGUCACUCGAGGAAUCGAAAAUCGUCAGGUCUACGAUCGACGAGUGUUCCGAGAAAAGUUGCACACCUUUGACGGAACUAACGAUAUCAUCUGCUGGUGAGGCUGGUGUUGGUGACGGUAGUGGUGAUGGUGGUGGUGGUGGUGGUGAUGGUGGUGGCGGUGGUGGUGGUGAUGACGACGAUGGUAGUGGUGGUGGUGGUGAUGGUGCUACUGCUGAUUGUGGUAGUUGUUCGACCGAGGAAUCGUCGGGCGUUGAUUUUCCAGUUAAUGCCAAUGCUCUUUCGGAACCCUUCAAAGUUCCCGAAGUGAGCGACGUGUUGCAGCAUACAAAGAAGCGUACGUCGAAACGUAGACAGGAACAGUCGGACGAACAUUUCGAUUCUGAGUGCAGCGAGUCGGGUCAGCAGGAUUCUUUCGAAACUAACAUCGAACGAGAAACGAAAGAAUCGAAAAAGUUAUCUCGUACUAACGAGACAGCAGAGGAAUCCUUACCGGAAAAUCAAUCGUGCGACGCCGAAACUAAAGUUAAAUUCGAUCGUGAUUAUGUCGACGGAAUCGAAAAAUCUAAUUCCACGGAUUUCCUCGAGAACGAUUCGCCGUCGUCGUUGGUUACGACGACGUGUAAAUCGACGAGAGGAGGAGGAGGAGGAGGAGGAGGCGGAGGAUCGUCGAGACGUGGAAAACGUUCGGAGGAGGACGAAUCAACAACGUGCCUCGAUAAUAUCGAAAAUGUCGAAAAUUUGUCGGAAUCUUCGUGUACGAGCGAGCCCGGUUCUCUUCAAAGAAGGAAACGUUUCACGAGAAAGAAAAAGAAUCAUCAGGAUAUUAACGAGGAUCCAGAAACCGAUGGUUCCCUUACCGAUUCAACAAAAUUGCCAGACGAUAGGACGAGUUCGCGCGGCAUCGAGAGAAGACAAAUCCCAAAGAGACGAGCCAAAAACAAUAUUUCAUUCCGCGAAGAUUUCUCGAACAGCGAGAGCUCCGAGGAGAUGUUUUACGACGUACCUCACGUCGAUCGAAUCGUUGAAAAUAUCAAUGAGAAUCGAGAGUCGAAGAAAAAAUCGUCUUUAACGUCGUUCGAAGACGUCAAAUCGAUGGAUUUCGUAACGGCCGAGGAUCAAGAGAAGAACGACAGCGAAACGGAUAAAGAAGAUUCGUUGAUGGAACAAUCGAUCGCUAUGAACGAAUCGGAAUUCGGUUUGGACGGUCGUCCGCUAUCGGACGAUCUACAAACACCGAAGAAACGUACGGCUGGUAAUUUCGUCGUCGUUCACACUAAGACCGGUGAAAUUUUAAUAGUGGAAAAACGUAAGAAACUGACGAAAGAGGCAGCAAGAUUUUUCUGCGACGUUUGCACUACUAGCUUCACGAGGAAGAGUUCGCUCAAGAAACACAAUCAAUCCCAAUCCCAUCUUAUACAAUUGACCAAGUCUGACAAAGAGAAGUCGAACGAAAAUGAUUGUAAAAAUGACGGGGACGAUCGUUGUCAGGACGCGUGGACAACGAACAACGAAGUCGAUCGACGAACUAACGAAGAGGACGACGAGAAAGAAACUAUCGAAUCGGUCGACGAUAGUUUACGUUUGAUGAACGACGAUAUCACGAAUUUCGAGAAGAAGGAUACGUUCGCUGAUUAUCCUCGUAACAACGUCGAACCUAACGGUUCUUUCGAUAAUACAGUCAAUAAUCAAGAAGCCUUGGAGGACGAACUUUUGGACGAAGAAAUCUGUAAGAUAACGGAAAAUAUGAGCCACGACGAGUACGUUUUGACCGAUCACGUCAGUCCGAUUCAACCGGAGUCCUCGUCCACUCCGUUGAAAAAAUUAAAUAAAAAGAUCGAGGAUGACGGCAAGAAGAAGAAGUUGGAGAAGAAGCGCGACAAAACGAGAAAGAGAAAUUUAGCCGACGAACAUUUGGACUUGGAUACGCCGGAACCGGAACAAAUUAUAUCGAACGAAACUAAAGACAAAUCUGACCUUGAAGAUUCCGAGGCGAAUAAAAAAGAUACGAAUGACAGAGAAAUUCUUCCUACAUCCUCUUCUUGGAACUCUGGAAAUAUUAAUGAAACCGAUGCUCUCGCAGAAAAUGAUCAGCAUUUGUUAGAAGGAGGUAAUGUCGACGAUGUUAAUGCGAUCGAUCAAGCGCGUACAUCAAAAUCAAAUCGAAAUGUUCAAUCGAACGAUAACGAAUCGAAGAUGAUAAUUUGCGAUUUAAAAGAAGACGAUCUAUUUAAAAAGGAUUUUCCUCGAGCGAUUAUCUCUACGAUAAAAAAUGUCAACUCGUUUCAAGAAAUCGAUGUUAAUUACAAAGAGGAAGAAAAAACAGAUAAUAACGUGUCCUUUAAUUGGGCCAACGUAGAGAAAGAGUUACAAUCAAAGCUUGAUUCUAUGAAAGAUAAUGAGAAUAAGGUUAACGAGAUUGGUGAUGAAAUUUCCAUAUCCUCGAGUACCAACUACAAAACUGAUAAAAUUCAUUGCGAUUUCGAAAGAGAUUUUCAGGAAAUUAACGUUAAUAACGUGGAGACAAAGGUUAUUGAAUUUUCUAAUAAUUCCAAAGAUUCUAAUACGUUCAAAGAAAGUUUGGAAAGUGAAUCAAUCUCGAAUGUUAAAGAAACUAACGAUACUGUUGACAAUUACGGCGUGUAUUUAGCUAACGAAGUUGACGAUGUUAAAGCUGAUGAGACUAAUCGAUAUUCCAUUUCAUCGAAUAUAAACGAUAAAAUUGAUUGUGAUAAAAAGAUAAAAGAGAAUAGCUCCAAGGAGAUCGUAGAAAUUAAGGAUAUUGAAGAAAAUAAUGUCGACGGUAUCGAUCGUCCUAUCUAUGAAUUAUCGAAUCCAAAUUAUAACGAAAUUGAUACGUCGAAAAAUAAAGAGGAAGAAAAUCGAUCUCACGAUCCAUGCUCGACCGAAAAGACAUCCGAAGAAUAUGGAUCGUUAGUUCGGGAAGAAAAUGUCGUCGGAUCGAUCGAGAUCGAUCUUACGAAGAAAGAAACUUCUACGAUCUCGAGGACGGAAAAACUUAAAUCUAAAGAUAAUUCGAUCGAUUCGACGGAAACCGAAACGAAUUUAACCGCAAGAAACGUUCGGAGAUCAUCGAAAUCUCAUAGGAAAUCUUAUCAGCGUGCCGUCGAGGAGAUCGAAGAAAGAUCGAUCUUGUUGGAUCUUAACGAGACGACAAACGUUUCCAAAACAUUAGAACGAAAUGAUUUAUCCGUGGCCGAGGUUGAGAUCGAACGUAUAGAUCAAUCGAACGAGAAAACGAAAAUAAUCGAUCCUAUCGUGAUUACGAACGAAUCGAAAUCAUUUCCAAGCGAUCAAUCGUCGUCCGUUCGUAGGGACGAUUCGAACGUUGAAACAAUUGCCAAAGUUUCCCCGUUAACGAUAAACAAUAAAAACGAACGUAAGGAUAAUUCGACGAUCGUGGAAAAUCGUAGUUACGUCAAUAAAACUUUCGAUAUCAUCGAGGAGAACGACGAGGUAUCGUCGUCGUCCAGUUUAAACGAUAAACCGCUAUCUGAAUUUUUAAUAAAAAUGAGCAAUAAAAAGAGAAAGGAAAUAAAAAAUAAAAACGAAGAUGAUACUUUGGAGAAUUUAACGAUCAAGAAGAAAACCGAAUCGUUGGAAAAUAAUGUUGCGAACGACGAAACGGAGGUAUCGAAAUCGAUCGAAUUCGAAAAUGACGAUAACGACGAUGAUAUCGUUAAUAAGGAAGGAAGUGUCAGGGAGAUUGAACGUGACGAUUCGGAGUUAAAUACGGAAAAGUACAACAUCAUCGCGGAGGAAAAAUUAUCGAACGAAAAGAUGAUUUCUGAAGUCGAUGUUAGCGCCGACGAGCAGACGACCCCCGUCGAGGAUUAUUACAUCGAUAAUAAAAAAUCUCGCAUAAUAUCGUCCACGUUGAAUAAUAAAAACGUAGAAGAAAAAAAGUCGGAGAAUAUUCGUACGUCGAUCACCGAGGGUCAACGUACUACCGGGAAGAGGUUAAGGAGAACGAACAAAUCGGUUAAGAAAAUCCCUCAUAGAAAAUCUCGUGUAACAAAGAAAAAGAAAAUUAUUUCGAGAUCAAAGAUCGCAGAUUUGUCGAGCGACAGCGAUGGCAGCGAGUACGAAGGCCCGAACGGCUCUCAAAACAAGAAUAAAAUCGUCAAAAGUGUUUUUGGCCGUGUUUUCGGCGGUGAAAAAUCUGACAAGGUUAAAGAGGUAUUGAACGAUUGGGUAUCGAAGUCGGAAAACGAUUCGGAUGGUUCUAGAAAUGGUUUUGAAUCGACGGGAUCUAAUGUCAGUAACGUGCCGUUGAAAAUAUCACGUCAGCCAUUGGAAAUGAAGAAUAUCGAUUACGAUAAUAAUAGAAAACAUCGUUCGGUUAGUUCGAAUGUUAAACGAACGAAUGGUAAACAACAUGUCAAGAGAAGAAAUUCAUCUUCUGACAGCAAACAGGAAAGGAUUUCGUCGUCGGAACAACAGGAACAUUAUAGGCGAGGUAAUAACAAACAUUCGAAAGCUAAAAACAAUAGUAAGCAUCGUGUUGCGCAAGAAGAAAUUCCUACGCGCAAUUCGGUAAUAUCGAAUUCGAUAGGAGAGGAAGUUUCGACGUUAGAAACGAACUCUAGAUGUAGAUUGAGUAAGAAACGCGCGCAAGAAAAGAUCUCUUGGUCUUUCGAGUUUUCAAAUGGCCUUGACGAGGUACUGCCACGAAAGAUCCACAAGCAAAGGAAUAAGGAGACGUCUUACGAAUUAAGGAAAUCGACGAAAUCCGAUUCCGUUGUUAAAGACAAUGGUUAUAGUUCUCUCGAUUACGAUAGAAUGUUUAUGAACUUUGAUGGAUCAACGAAAAAUUCAAGAAAGAAGGCCGACCGUUCGAUCAAGCAGACCGAGAUUGUUACGGAUACUGGGACGGAUAAAUCUGUUGUUCGGAAAAAUGGAAAGAGAUUGGGGAACGACGAUAUAAAUGAAUCCAAAAUCGGUACGAUCGAUUUCGGAGAGAACGAAAGUUUCAAGACGAUAGAUACUCGAGGACGAGAGGAAGAAAAAAAUUUAGAAAAUAAAGAGGAGGAGGAGGAGGAGGAGGAGGAGGAUGACGACGACGAAGAGGAGGGGGAGGAGGAAGAGGAAGAGGAAGAAGAGGAGGAAGAGGAAGAGGAAGAGGAAGAAGAGGAAGAAGAAGAAGAAGAGGAGGAAGAGAACGGGGAUGAGGAAGUGGCAAAAGAUCGGGAUAACGAUAUGCGGAAAAAUGAAAUCGUUUCGUCGACCGAACAGAUCAAUCAGGAUACGAGAAUCAGAUUAACUAAUAUAGAUGGGGGCUCGCAAAUAAGUUGCGACGACGACAGCGACGUGGAUGACGAUGGAGUUCAUAGCACGACCGAACUAAACUGUGAACAAAGAAGGAUGUCACCUUUGUUUGCUCGUGAUACACCCGAUACUUCGUUGGAGAGUAGUUCGAACAGCGAAAACGAGGAUGAUAAUGACAAGGAAGAGGAAGAAGAGGAAGAGGAGGAGGAAGAAGAGGAAGAAGAGGAAGAAGAAGAGGAAGAAGAAGAGGAAGAAGAGGAAGAAGAAGAAGAAGAGGAUGAAAGAAAACUCGCCUUGGAUGUGACCAGGAAAAGAAGCCCUAGCGUAUUUUCUAACGGUAAAGUCUUGAUUAGAUCGCCAUCCUCGAGUCACAGGGAUCGAACUGAAGUUAUCACCAUAGCACCAACGGACGCUGUCGAAGAUAAUGCCUUAGACGUACCACAGGAAAUAGAAUCGAAUAAGCCACGACAAGGUAAGGUUUUGAACUUUGAUGAGGAACUUUUCGUCGAGUGUUGUUCAAGAUUGAAAGCAACAACGGAGAACGAGUUACGUGGUGCGAAAAAGAUCAAAUUGGAUCAUUCGGAUUCUUAUCAUAAAAAAGAAGAUCAGGUACAACUUUAUAGGACCAAUAAAGAUCGAUGGAGGGACGUCGAAAGUCAGAAUAGUCUUGGAAGCCUUUUGGAAUCGGUUAAUCAGUUGCUAGGCGAGGAGAUGCAUGGUACACGAGAAAGAGAAUAUAGCAAACGCUGUGGUGGUAGAACCAGGAACGUACAGAGCGAAUUAUCUAGCAGAUCGGUCAGCCCAGACAUCUCUCGUGCUGACAAUCUUGGAUACGAAGAUAGUCUUGAUGUUGCCUUCGAGCAUAACAACAAGCUCCGCGACAAGAUUCAACAACGAAUGAGAGAGAGCGAGAAUCUUAUUGCGACUACGUUUGGACAACGAUCCGGAAGCAACACAGACGAUGGAUACGAACGUCAACGUCUAAGUAAUCGGAGUAAAAUCAACGAGGAGGACAACGAUGCUCCUUACUUACGGAUCGAUGAUCACGGACACUUGUCCAACUCGAACGGGGAUCGUAACGAUACCACUAAUAUCGAUCAUGCUCAGGACGGACAAGCGACCGCUAAAACAAACAUAGAUGCAUCAGGAUUUAAAAGCAAAAUGAAUUCCGCCUUGGGCGGUCUCUUAGAUAAAGCACUUUCAAAUUUAUUGCACAAUAAUGGUAAACACGAUCACAACGGUUCGACCCCGAUGAAGGUUCUCGCAGAGUUAGCUUGUGCACGUGCGCCAAGAUCGACUUCGCCCGAAGAUCGACAGACGAAGAUCGCUGUGCCAGCAAAGGACACGAUCCAGGAGACGAUAUCCGUUACAUUGGGAAAGGAUCUGCAACCGAAGAAAACGAGAAAUCCGAUAAAGGAAUUGUUCGAAAGAAAAAAAGAGAUGAAUGAGCGAAGGCAACAAGAAAGAUCAAAAGCUGAAGCUGCGUUACGUGAAUUGAAUACAACACCGAGACAACAACGAAAGUCAAAGAAAACGAAAAAACGUCCAGAAUUCCCGUUGAUAAGGAGAAACGAUCAGAGUGGAUUAGCCGAAAAGAAGAAACGCCGAGACGGUUUCGAAUCUAAGGACAACGCGCUUAGAUCGGAAAAGGUCAAAGACGUUUACGAUUUCGACGAAGAUGAGAGCCAAAUGGAACCUGCUUUCGGUGGUGUUAUGUCUUAUAGAACGAAAGUUGAAAAAAGCUAUGAGGUUAGUUGUCUUAGAACGAAGGAAGUCGACGUGGCUGGCCUGUUGUCGAAAGCUAUUGGCGAUAGUUUGGAAAAUGGAAAAACUGGAGACGUUCUUGGUACAAGAUUAGAAUCUAUGAUCGAUCGAAAGUUUAAGGAAAUGGAGAAAUUCGCACCGAAGACGAAAGGUGCAUUGAAAGCGUUUCAAAGCGAGGAUCAACAGCAUCAUCAUCAUCAUCAUCAACAACAACAACAACAGCAGCAGCAGCAACAACAGCAACAACAGCAGCAGCAUCGGCAUAAUCAUCAUCAACAACAGCAAAAACAACAGCAGCAACAGCAACAGCAACAGCAACAACAACGUCAACGCAUCACAGGACCUAUGGAUGAGUUUGUAGAAAGAAAACAGAGAUCCAAGCAACGAUCCGUAGAUCAACAAAAGCAUACAAAAUUUAAGAAGAAGAAUAAAAAUUCGAAAAAGAAGCCAAGAAAUGCCUGGUACGAAAACGACAGUUCGGACGAGUAUAGAACAGCUGCUAAAACCGAGGACGUUGGUGUAGGCAUUUCUAAGAGUCAACGUACAUGUUCCAAGGGUAAACAAAAUCUAUUCGCUGAACUUUCGACCUCGUCCGAGAGCGAAUUCGAGGACGACGAGGUUACGAGUUACGAGUCGAAGAGACGUCGUCGAGUUAAGAAAAAUAUUAAAAAAGAUGUCGAGAUCGUCGAAGAGGUUGAUAAGAUCGAGAAAGUCGAAGAAAAUUAUUGCUUUGGCGGUGAUCGAGAUCAAGAUGUCGAAGUUGAACAGGAACAGGAGCAGCAACAGGAGCAGCAACAGGAGCAGGAAGAGGAGGAGGAAGAGGAGGAGGAAGAAGAGGAAUGGACUGCUAAUCGUCGAACAACAACAGAAACUACCGAUACCAAGAACGAUAUCGAUAAUAAGAAAUCAGAGUCCGAGAUGUCCGAUCAUCCAUUGGUGAUCGACGAGAGAAAGGAGAUUAGCGAACAAAGAAACAGCGAUGACGAUGCCGAUAAUCAAUCCGAACGUAUUCUGGAAUUAGACGAUUUAUAUCGAGAAGAUAGUUCGGUUGCUGAUUCCGACGUCGAAGAUAACGCGAUAACCGAUUGCAGAGAGAUCAUCCCAAACGAGACUAUCGCGAAGAGAAGUCCAACUCCUCAAAUAGAAAAGAUUUCGCAAAAUACGAGAACGGAUUAUACGCCGGAGGAAGAACUUAUUCCGUUGGAAGAAGCUUUGGAUUUGUUGGAUAGACCAGAUAUAUUGAAUACCGACGUAAACGUGAAUACGAACGAACGGACAAGUCCUACGGUAAAUUCUGGAGUUAUCGCAGGGAAGACCGUCGAUCAGCCAAAAGGAACUGAUGAACCAAAUGGUCAUCAAAGUACGAACGAAGAACAGGACGAUGAGGCUGACGGUGACGUUCCUGAAUUACCAGAGAAAUUAUCUACGAACGAGAAACCGCAAAAAGAAUCGGACAAUCUACCUCUUCAUGUAUUCUUGAGCAGAAAAGUACAAGAAUCGAAGAAGAGGAAACAACAGCAGUUAAAAAAAUUACGAGAAGAACAGGAAAGGAUUCUAAUGGAGUUUCAGCCAACCAGAAGGCAAAGAAAGUGUGCCAUUGGUAAACAGGGUCUUUUAGCAGAGAUAAGUAGCUCGGACGAUGAAACAAAUGCUAAGGAAAGUCAAAGUAGAAAAUUAACUGAUAAAUCGGAUCACGAGAGAGCGAAGAAACAGAAAAGAGAGUCGAAAGAGAAAAGGAAGGAAAGAUAUUUGGAGAAGAAACACGAGCAGAUAAUAGCGAAGGAACAAAAGGCGAUAGAGGAGGAGAUUUUACGCGAACUCGAGAAAAAGAAGGAAAGUGCACAGAGAACGUCUAGCAAUAAUUCUGAAUCAAACGUUGAAUCGUCCCACGGACAAACUGUACAAUCGAUCAACAUAAACGAAAAGAAAAUUGUAUCUACGGAUGAUAGUCAUGAUAAAAAGAAACACCAAACGAAAGAGAAAUCGAAGAAGAUCGAAGAAUCUAUGGGGAACAAAGUCAACGACUUUGGUUCUCUCAAUUCCGAGACUAGUAGUAACAAUCGUGAAAAAACAGAUUAUAAAGUUAACGAUAAUGUAAUAGUCAAUGCAACCGAGAACCAUUUAUUAGACUCUAGUGUGAAAUCGAAGAAGAAUCCCGCAAAGUCGGUCUCGAAAGUGAAGAAAUCGGUAAGGGCUGGUGUGGGAGGUGGAAACGAAGGAAAAACAGUGAACAGUAAUAAAAGAAGUAGAAUAACCAAUUCGGAUAAGUCCAAAAAUGGUCGUGUAGGUACGAAUAAUGGAAAAGAUUUGAAGGAAAGAAAAUCGUCUAAUUGUAAAAAAGAUGGCGACGAUGACGAAGAAUUAAAAACUACGAAAUCGUGGAACAAGGUCGACGAGGGCGUCGGCGUUGCGAUUGGUCGAAGAAAACGUGCUGCGGUUAAUCAGCUUUAUUAUUGGUCAAGUUCGAGCGACGAAGAGGAAAUAAUAGAACCUACACCGGUGAUCGAGGAAGAGGAAGACGAUCGUCAGGAACAACAUGGUUGGAUAGUCGGCGAUUCCCAUAAACGUAUGAUAACGAUGCUCGCCAUGGAAAAACAAUUAAAAGAAAAACGUCGAAGGAGCGAGGACGAAUUCGACUCGGUUAGAACUAAGAACAAGAAACACAGAAAUAGUACUUCUUGAUACGUGUUUCACGAUUAGAUUAAUCGUAGAUUUCGAAUAGGACACAUUAUAUGUUCGCGUUAAUAUCGUUUUGUCUCUCUCUGUCUCUUUGUCUCUCUCUCUCUCUCUCUCUUCCUCUCUCUCUCUCUCUCUCUCUCUCUCUUUCUGUCUCUGUCUCUCUUUCUCUAUAUAUAUAUAUAUAUCUCUCUCUCUCAUUCUCUCUCUGUAAUCCUUAUAUCUUUUGAUAUUUUUCAUUGUUAGAUUUCUUUUUUUUCUUCGUUUUCUUUCUAGAGAAUGAAAGGAUUAUUCUUUUGUUGUUUAGUUUAUGUUACAAACGAAUGAUAUGAUAAACAGUCAUUAUAUAAUGCGAACAAAUAUUAUAAAUAAUAGAUAAAUGUGAUCUACUGCCACAGAUGAGACAUUUAUGUAUUCAAAAAAUUCUUUUUUGUUUCUUUUUUGGUUCUUGUCUUUUUCUUUAUUUUUUUGUUCUUUUCGUCGAGUUGUUUAUACGAAAUGUAUAUCACGAAGAAAAUAAUUUUAAGUAAGAAAAUAAUAUUCAAUAUUAGCGAAUUUAUUCCUUAUAAUAGUUUAGAUUUUUCAACGAUGAUAAAAAAGAAAUAUGAGCCAGAUUAAUAUUAAAAGUAGUAGCAAUGGCUCCGAGAAAAAUGUAUGAAGAAGAAUAGAGUAAAAAUUAAAAAAGUAAAAAAUAAAAAAAAAAAGAUUAAAAAAAAAUACAAACAAACGUCGGCAAAUUGUACAUAGCCGCUUGUGGUAUUACGACGAAAGAAUUAUUAGCGAAUCUUCUUCUUUUUAUUUUCCUUUUGUUUUUCUUUCUUUUUGGUUGUUGUAAGAGAAAAAAUGUAAUUCCAGGAUCUUACAAAUAUAUUAUAUAUUAUAUAUUAUAUAUUAUAUAUUAUAUAUUAUAUUAUAUAUUAUAUAUUAUAUAUUAUAUUAUAUAUUAUAUAUUAUAUAUUAUAUAUUAUAUAUUAUAUAUUAUAUAUUAUAUAUUAUAUAUAUACAUAUAUACACACAUAUUGUGUAUAUACAAUUAUAUAUAUAUGUGUGUGUAACAAAGAAUGAGUGUAAGAGAAGAAUGAACAAGCUAUGAGUGAUUAGCGUGCUGCAUAUAUGUAUAUGUCGACUGAAAUAUAUAUAUAUAUAUAUACAUUUAAAAAAAAAAAAUAAAAAUGAAAAAGGAAAAUGUAGAGAGAGAAAGGCACAGCGAAGAGGAUACCCUUAGAGACAAUACUAGAGAACAUUUAUAAUUAGUUAUAUAGAGAAUUUUUUUUUGUAGAAUUAAAGAAAAGUGCGAGAAGAGAGGAAGAGGCAGAAAAAGAGAGAGGGGGGGGGGAAGUGCGAAAAGAGAGAGAGAGAGAGAGAGAAAGAAGAAAGAGAGAGAAGAAAAAAAGAGAUAGAGAGAGAAAGAGUGAGAGAGAGAAAGAGUGAGAGAGAGAGAGAGAGAGAGAGAGAGAAAACCAAAAACAGCUGUUUACUUCUGACGGACAAAUGUAAACUGGGGUCCAAUCAAAGUAGCGCUUUUGCCAGCUUUUCGUGAUUCGUACAUAUCGCUGAGAGAACAGAGAGGUCGAGACCAGAGACAAGGUGUUUUAAAAAAGAAAGAAAAAAAAAACAAAAAAAAAUAAGCUGGGGAGGUUUAACACAAAAAUUUAGAUGCAACACAUCCACUUGUAGAGAGAAUAAUAAUAAUAAUAAUAAUAAUAAUAAUAAUAAUAAUAAUAAUACUAUUAAUAAUAAUAAUAAUAAUAAUAAUAAUACAAUAAAAUAAAAUAAAAUAAAAUAAACAAAAAAAUAUAUAAAUCGCAUUGAGAAAGGCCGCUUUAAUAUUAUAUCGACGACGAUGCAAGUCUUGUUUUUCUCGUCUUUUUUUUUCUCUUUUAAUUUUUUAUUUUUUCUCAAUCUUUUUUUUUUCUUUUUUCCUUUUUCUGAUUUUCUGUUCGUUGCGUUAGUUUUUCUCGAUCUCGCGUCUCAUAGCGAUGACAUCGACGACGAUGCGCGUCGUAUGUAUUUAAUUAAUUAAUUAAUUAAUUAAAAAAAAAACAAAAAAAAAAGAGAAAGAAAAGGAAAAAGGAAGAAAAAAAUAAAUAAUAAAAAGCAACAACAACAAAAUGCUUAUCGAUGCAAAACUAUGAUUCUUUUUUUUUUCCUACUGUAUGCUUUAGUGAAAUAGCAUAUUAUAACGUAAGUAACGCAGAUUUCGUAUGGUAUAAAAGAAAGUUAUAUAUGUAUGACAUAAAAAUGAUAAUAGACUUUAAAUGUAAAUGUACUGCCAUAAUCAUUAUUAUAUGAAAGCCUAUGCAAAUGUAGUUUAUUAAUAUUAUUCCUGUAAAGAAAAGAAGAAAAAGAAGAAGAAGAAGAUGAAGAAGGAAGGAUGCGGUGGGGGGGAGAAACAACAAAAAAAAAAAGAAAGGAAAGAAAAUGUUAGCACAAAAAACUAGAUAAUGAUCCAGUGUAAAUAGAGCAUAUUUUCAAUGUGUCCGGAAAAGUAUGUUUUGUAAUAUAAGGAUUGCAAAGGAAAAUAAAAUUACUAAAGAAUCA